AUGAUCGACAUGGGAAAGUUCUGGUACUUGGCACUCCUCUCCCUCUCCCUCUUCUCAUCGGUCAUAGCCAGCUCGAACACCUAUGACUAUAUUGUCGUAGGCUCUGGCCCAGGUGGCGGCACAUUGGCAGCCAACCUUGCCAAAGCAGGACAAUCUGUUCUCCUUCUGGAAGCAGGCGAUGACCAAGGUAGUAACCCGAACGAAGAAAUUGCUGGUUGGUUUUUCAAGGCGUUCAGUGACCCGUUAAUGCGGUGGGACUUCUUCGUCAAAUUGCAUUCCGACGAUGCAAUUACUGCCCAAUACGAGCACUUGACGUGGGAAACCACAGACGGGCAGUUCUAUGUUGGCACGGAUCCUCCCGCAGGAGCGAAGUUACUUGGCGUGUACUAUCCUCGCGCUGGUACACUUGGUGGAUGCUCCACUCACAACGCACUCAUUGCAGCACUUCCAAGCCAUAGCGAUUGGGACUAUAUUGCCCAGAUCACUGGUGAUGCAUCCUGGAAGCAUAAUAACAUGCAACAAUAUUUUGCCCAACUCGAACACGACCACGUCGUCCCGCCAGGAACUCCAGGGCACGGUUUCAGCGGCCCCCUCGACAUCACUGUCAACGGCCCCCAGUACCUGCAAAACCAGACCAAUGCUUUCAAAGUGCUACAAGCUACAGCCCAAAGCUUCGGCCAGAAUCCCGCGAACCUUUCGAAUAUCUUGACAUAUAGCGAUCUUAACAAUAACAACGCGAAUCACGAUCAGCAAGUAGGCAUAUUUGGUUGCCCUGCCCAUAGGACUGUUGAUGGCAGACGUGUUUCUUCUCGCACCUUGGUCGUCAAUAUAUGGAAUGCGACGAACGCCGAUGGCUCGAAGAAAUAUCCAAAUUUCGACGUUCGCUUGCACUCGUUCGCUACUAAGAUUCUUUUCAACACAAAUGGAGCUGUGCCUAGGGCUAUCGGUGUUGAGUACCUCGCCGGAGAGAGCAUGUACAAUGCAGACCCAAGGCACAAUUACACGGCCAACCCGGGAGUCAAGACGCAAGUCUUUGCCCGAAAAGAAGUCAUCGUCGCCGGUGGAACUUUCAAUAGUCCUCAGCUUCUCAUGCUCUCGGGUGUUGGCUCCAAAGCCGACCUCAAAGCCCUCGACAUUUCAGUGGUCGUGGAUCUCCCUGGUGUUGGCACCAAUCUCCAGGACAACACCGAGAUGGGGGUGUCUGCAGAAGCAAGUCAGGAUUUCACGUCCAUCGGUCCGCCUUGUACCUUUGGCGCAACACCAGAUGACCCUUGCCUCCCACUCUGGGAAGUAGGCCAAGGACCCUACAUCCAAGGUCCCCUCGGCGCAGUAAUGUUCAAAUCCUCCCAAGCCGCUCUUAAUGAGCGCGACUUCAUGAUGUUCCCUCUCUCCGCUGGUAGCUUCAACGGCUACUGGCCCGCGGAGACUGUCAAUGUGGUUCCUGGCCCCGCACAAUCCAACUUUGACUUCUCCAUGGUGAAGAUCCACACACAGAGUCGCGGCACGGUGAAGCUCGCCUCCAACAACCCGCGCGACACUCCUCUCAUCAACUUCCAAUUCUUCGAAGGGGCAGGCGCGGAUGCUGAUCUCCAGGCGUAUGUUGAUGCUGUGCAGUGGGGCAGGGGUGUGUUUGAUAGCUUGAACAGCACUCUGGGCCCCUGGACCGAGACGCUCCCGUGUCAGGGCAACCGGAGUUGCGACGUUAAGGCGUUCGUUAAAGCGCAAGCGUGGAGUCAUCAUGCGACGAGUUCGUGCGCGAUUGGUAGUGAUAAUAAUCCUCUCGCGGUGCUGGACUCGAAGUUCAGAGUCAGGGGAACCAAAGGACUGAGAGUCGUGGAUGCGAGUGCGUUCCCUAGGACUCCGGGUGCGUUCCCUGUCCUGCCGACUUUCGUCCUAGGCAUGAAGGGUAGUGCAGCGGUAUUGGCGGAUGCGAACAGCUGGUAA